AAGAUUGAAGAAAAGCAAGUAAAAUUACAAGAAAAAAAGUUAUUUUACAGUCAAUUUCAAUCAUAUUUCUUUUCUAAAAAAAUGUUUUUUUAGAAAAAUUAUAAACAAAAAAAUAAAAUUAAAAAUACUUUUUGAGAUAAGUUCAAUCAUUUAAAAGUUCAAUUAGGCAAAUUUGAAAAGUAAAUUAAUAACAAACAACUUUUAAUUAGAAGCUUUUGAGAGAAAGAAAAUGAAAGCUGCAAUUAGAGGAUCUCGCGAACAUGUUGGAGCAGAUGAUGAUGAAGUUGAUAGUCCAACAGCAGAGGAAGCAUUCGAAAAGGCAACUUUAUCUAUUAACAAACAGAAAGUGAUUAAAGAUGUAUGGCAAAGAGAAACUCGAAAGCCCCUACCGAACAACGAAGGAUUGAUAACAAAUUUCGAAAUUCAAUUUGCGAGAAUUCUUCCAUCUGAUGAACAAGGAAGCAACUUGAAGAAAUAUGUCGUUUAUGAUUUAACAUGUCGUCAAGAUACAAGUUCUGCUGCCGAUACAAACCCUACAACAAUUGAAAGACGUUAUACUGAUUUCUUGCGACUUUUUGAUGCUCUGAGAAAAGAUUUCCCUCAACUUCUCAUUAACGUCGUCUUUCCAAAGAAGAAAAUCAUGGGAAACUUCAACAGCGAACUUAUCAGUGAACGAGCUUUGGCCUUUGAAAACUUUCUCGAUUUCGUUCUGACUAUUCCUGAACUACGAGAUUCCAUUUCUUUCCUAAGUUUUCUUCAAGACGAUGAUCUUUCUAAAGCUUGUCGAUUAUUAGACGAACGAAGAAAUGAAGUCGCUGUUCCGAUUCUUGAGAAUAUUUUUCAACUUGUGAACAAAAUUUAUCUCGACAAAUCUAAACCCGUAUUAUUAUUGCUAUGUCGUCUUGUAGCUGCUUGCACGACAUCGCCAAUACCACAUCCUUCAUCUGAGAAAUGGGCUGAACUCGCUCUUCGUAGAUUUGAUCAUGUUUCUGAUGUUGAGCUUCUUGUCCUCUACAUUCCUCUGCUAAAUACAUGCUCGUACCUGUUCUGGCAGAAAGGACGUGAUGCCAAACAAAUCCAAGAUCGACUUGAAGAAAUGGGACGCAAAGGAAUCAAAAUUAAGGACACUUUAACUUUAUCUCAAGCCAUUCACGCAAUGGAUACGAGAUCCGAAACGUCUUAAUUUAAUUUGCCGUAAUGUGCUUGAAGUCGAUUGUUAUCGAAUAUUAAUUAUUAAGUAUCUUGACGAUGAACAAUAUUUAGUAAUUUUUAUCAUGAGAUUAUUUUACAUGAAUGAGCAGAAAAAAAAGAUUUAAAGUUAUUUGAUUUUGUCGAAUUCGACUUCAUUCAAUUAAUUGUAAUUUUUUUCUGCUUAAAUUUAUUUCCAAAAAAUUUUUAUUGUGACUUCUAGUUUAAGCCUAAAAUUUAUUUUAUUUAAUCCAAAAAAGAUUUUCAAUUAUGUAUUCAAUGGAGAAAUUUUUGUUUCAUUCAAGAUUAUAAUUUGAUAUCUUAAUAAACAUUCAUUCAAUAAAGAGAAUCAUUUAGAAAUAUGUAAAGAAUGUUUGUAAGCUAUUAAUUGAAUGACUGAUUAGAUAAAUUAAACUCUGACUUCACAGACCAGGAU